AUUCUCACCUGUGCUCUGAUUAGAACACAAUUCUUUCUUGCAACAUCAACCUAAAGUGACUACGGCACUUUAAUCAUCUCUAAACAAUGCUGUUUUUGUCUUUAUUCCUCUUGGUAUUGCGUAAGAGCUCAGUGAAAUCACAGACUAAUUACCAGAAUGGAUUCUCCAUGACAGCUUCAGCUUCAACUUCAGCUUCAGCUUCAACUGCAACUCCACCUCCAACUACAGAGGUUAUGGAAGAAGAUCCACCUCUGCUGCAGUUGGUUGCCAUCCCUAUGUACCCAGUUGUUGUGGGUCAAAGAGUUGACAUGCACUGCAACUCCUCCGUGGUAUCUAUGCAUGUCAAAUGGACAUGGCAUAAACUGGAAAAUGCCGCAUGGAGAGAGGUUGGCCAGGGCAGAGAUUUGACGCUCACCAAGCCAGAGGAGAGCGGACAAUACCGCUGCCAUGCCCAGAAUGACAAGCACGCAACACAACUGAGCAUGAGCCCAAACCACACGGUGUACAUCAUCCCCAUACCUGAAACAGUGGGUGAGAAGCUGGGAAAAGCAGCGUUUGCCUUGUCUCUCCUGGAUUUGAUUAUUCUCCUUGCCGGCCUGUUUUACCUCCUUUGGACAAAGGUCUACGAGGGUCAAACCACCUCCCAAAUCCCAGGUUCCAAAGAAGGUGAACUUCCACCAAAGGACAGUCGAAAGACAGUGGAAUGUGACGGAGUGUACAUGAAUUACAAUGAAUCCUACACAGAUCUGGAUCCAUUCAGUAUGGCUGAGAAUGAGUACUCAACUCUCCCAUAGAAAAAAAAAAAAAGCAUUUUGCUCACCGGCAGAGAAAACGAAGAAAACUGCCCGUCUGCUUAAUAAUUGUUACAUAUGCAGCAAUGUUGAUUAAUGUGUCAGACCUCAGGAUUACCUUCAUACAAACACAACUCUCAAUACACAAAACUGUAUUUGAUAUCAUUCUUUUUGUUUUAGUUCAAUCUGCAGCAAAGUAGUUCUAGUUUGUUUUAAAUGACUGAAUGAAGUUCCCUUCUGUGAAUAUUUUCC